GAGCGAUUCUUGCGAUGUAAGUUUUCCGUAUGCUUCUUAAGAUGGAUUUUGUACUUUCACAAACGCAACAAUGUCUUCCCAAACCGGACCAACUGAAUAUACAUGCUUGUUCUCACGCUCAACGGUGAAAGACCUACCAGGCGAAUUUCCACCACCGGUAAUUGUUCCUCCAAAAGAGGACCACCGUCAUACCUUUAUUAUCUGUAUGCCAACUUUGAUUUCGAAAUUUGAUUUUGACUUGCUGUUUCCAGCGUUUGACUUAAGGAGAAACCAUAUGCUGAUGCUUUCUAGUACAUGGGCGCGGUUCUACAGCCGAGAAGUUCGGUCCUCCCCUUCUCGAAAGCUGCACCACUUCAGGAGAGAAACUCCAAGAUGCCUUCCCCCACGCUAAGCUCAUAUUUCUCACGGCAUCCAAAAAUCGAGCCACAAUCUAUAAACGAACCUAUACUCAUCAAUGGUUCGAUUUCUGGCAUAUGGACUCCCGGUUUAAGUGCCAGGAGUUGAUGGUAGACGGACUACACAAGGCACCUACUCUUUGAAUUUCGGUCCGGGAAGAAAAUACUAAAAGCAAAUAGAGCUGCAAAUACAUACACGAGAUUUUGCAACGAGAAACGGAGCAAAUCGGCAGGAAUAUUGUCUUGUGGGGAUUGAGCCAAGGUUGUGCAACGUCCUUGAUAGCACUUUUGACAUGGAACGGUAGCCCAUUUGCUGCAACAGUAAGCAAAAGGAACUCCGGUACCUAGUUACAAUACUAAUUAGCCCUUUUCAGGUUGGCAUGUGUGGAUAUUUACCACUUACGAACCAUAUGGAUGACAUAAUGAAGACUGGUUCGGACUCUGAUGAUGAGAAUCCCUUUGGCCAUGAUGGCGACCAUGAUGAUGCGCUAGACCAACAGAAUCUACCAGCUCAGGUACGCAAAAUCCAGCAGGCUUCCAUUGCGCUUAAUAUCCAAGCCCGUGGUACUCGAGCCAACUGUACUGGGGGCCGUGUUUGCUCAAGUUUGAUAGUUCAGCAUUACAUUGAAGAGCAACCUGAACCAGACUAGUGAAAACCCAGAAGGUUUUCUGCAUUGAAGAUAAAAGCACCUUACGGCUAUCUCAAGUCAACUCAUGUCAACUUUUAUCACGGAAUCGAGAAACACAAAUCAUUGAUUAGGGAUAUUUGUUAACUACUCUAUCAUUCAGGCCAUCACCUUUCUCCGAGAUGAAAUCAACGUGGACGGGAACACCCAGCUGACUUUUCAGAAUAUACCUAUAUUCUUAGGCCAUGGCACCGAAGACAACAAAGUUGGUAUUGAGGUAGGUCGAGAAGCCAAGAAUUGUUUGGAUCUCUUGGGGGCUAAAGUCCAAAUGGUUGAAUAUGAAGGACUGGGACAUUGGUAUUCUGACAAGAUGCUGUGUGACAUCUUUGCGUUUCUGAGCGAGAAGCUUGCUGUGUGAUGUGUAUAUAUAUAUACAUGUAUAUAUUCAUAUAUAUAAAGUAAAAUACGUGCUAGCGUGUAAAUUGAUGUUGUUGGGUGUGGUUAUGAGUUGGUCUGAGAUUGACACUGACUGCAGGUGGUAUGGAUGGGUGCACGGACCAGUAAAUUGACAGGGUGGAGUUUUCAGGGCUGCAUUGUCUCCUGCAGAAGCAGUUGGUCAGAUUCUUUUUUUGUGGCACUGGCAUCGCCUGGAGAAAUUCAUCCCACCACCACCACCAUCACCUCCACCUCCCUCUACCUCCUCCCUCUGCGUCCUCCCUUCUCCCUCAUCGGUCGUCUUCCACCACUACCCACUACCCGCUCCCCAAAAGCUAUGCGUAACACACUCAUCUUCGCUGGGAGCUCAUGUCCCGCCCUCACGCAUCAAAUAUGCGGCAAUCUCAGCAUGGUACCCGCCGCGGUUGAGCUUUCUCAGUUUGCAAAUGUGAAUACCGACUGAAGCUUUAGGCGAGGGGAAUGAGCGAGACAAGGCUGACGGGCACAACAGGGCGAGACCAGUGUCAAGAUCAUGACCAGCAUUCGUGACAAAGAUGUGUUUGUGGUGCAAUCAGGCAGUCGCAAGAUCAAUGAUAGCAUUAUGGAGCUGCUGAUCUUGAUUUCCGCUUGCAAAGGAGGUUCUGCCAAUAAAAUUACUGGUAGGUGGUCGCUCAAAGUCAACCCCCAAGCGAGCCAAAGCUAAUCACUCUGGAAAGCGGUCCUCCCCUAUUUUCCCUACAGCAGACAAUCGAAAAAGAAGUCCCACCGAGGAGCCAUCACAGCACGUAUGCUUGCCAACUUGCUCAGUGUGGCUGGUGUGAACCAUGUCAUUACAAUUGAUCUUCACGCAUCUCAGAUGCAGGGGUUCUUCAAGUGCCCAGUGGACAACCUACACGCAGAACCCAUCAUUGCGAGGUGGAUUAGGCAUAACGUUCCCACGUGGAGAGAGGCUGUGUGUGUAUCCAAGAAUGCAGGUGGAACAAAGCGAGUUACAUCUUUGGCCGAUGCCUUGAAGCUCAACUUUGGCAUGGUUACAACAGAUAAACGUCGUGCUGCCGGCGGAAAUAUGACACAAAGCAUGAUCAUGAGACGCCUGGAUGGCUUUGUCGUGCCAGACUCGGAUGCUGAUUCGGACGUGAGCAGAUUGGUGAUUGAUACUACGAAUAAGCCAAAUGGCCGCCAAUCAAAGUCCCAUUCCACGACUGAUUCCAAGUCUGAUCAGCCUCAGACCAAUGGGAAUGGCUCUUCCACAAGGGGAGUUCACUCACGCCAGGAAAGUGGUUCAUCACGGAGAAGUCCAGUACUCUCCCCUCUGCUGCGAUCUGCAACUGAUUCUUCCGUCAACGUCAGCUCUCCUCUUACCCGUGCCCAAACAUUACCUGCCCCUCGUUCAGCCCCACGUGAAGAGGACGCCGAGUUUACGGAUGAAAGAGCUCGAGAUAUUACACAAGGAAGACUUAUCCAAGGCCAUGUUGUCCCUGAUGACUAUCCUUCGCCCACACAAUCAGCCAUGUCCAAUUCAACGAUGAUGGAGAACCCUGAUGAUGACCCAAUGGUAAUGUCUAGGGCCUCUUCCUUCUUCAAUACCGAUGCACACCCUCUCAGUGGUUCCGCAGACGCUGCUGCGAGCUCUGAUGAAGAGGAAGAGGGAUUUAAUGACCCAUCCUUGGAGCAAAUGAUCACGCUCGUUGGAGAUGUCAGAAACAGAACAGUGUUCAUCAUUGAUGACAUGAUUGAUAAGGCUGGAAGCUGGAUUGCUGCAGCUGAGUGUGUCGUCAAGCGUGGUGGCGCAAGAAAAGUAUAUUGCAUUGCUACACAUGGCUUGUUUGGAGGAGAAUCGCUUGAAGAACUUCAGAACUGCGACUGCAUCGACACAAUAGUUGUCACCAACUCCUUCCCAAUACAGCAAGAGCAAGCAAGAGCAGCGAAGAAACUUGUUGUUUUGGAUCUCUCAACCCUUCUGGCUGAAGCUAUCCGCAGAAACCAUUAUGGUGAAACAAUAUCUCCACUGUUUGCUCACGCAGGAUAUUGAGGAGCUAACUAUGAAGUCAUGAUGAAUGUAAGCUAACUUGAUUUUCUUCCUUUUGCACAUCAGCGUGGCGUUGUGGGAUAUGGGGCCCAGAGGCAGGUUCCGUCAAGAUGACGGCGGCGUUUUUUAGAGAAUCUAUCACGAUGAUCUGCUUUCUAGCAUCCGUAUUCGCCUUGGAGACAGUGAAACUGGUUGCCUUUUCUUAUAUACUACCAAACGAUGCGUUCUGUAGAGUUCGCAGGAGCAAUUUUCAUCUAGAAAUUUGCUACUAACGGAGCGUUUGAAGAUUAAUGGCCAAUGGCCUUGGAAUGAUCAAGCACCUUAUUCAUGCGUAUGCUACAACCUUUCACUAGGAUGAUGAAUACAGAAGCGAGACACUUCUCUUUUGAGAGUUUUCCAAACAUACAUUUCAUAAACAAUCUUGUCUUUGUUGAACCGCGUCUGCCCAAAAUACUCUUUGAAGGAUUAUUCCAAGGAACAGCGGUUCCUUAAUUUCCUCUCUCCAGGUUACUAUGUCACCCCUAGGUACAUAACGAGAUUGAGCUUGGAAGUUACGAAAUCUCCUUGUAAAGCUAUAUAAUACCAAUCAAUAACUAUGUACGCCUCCCAAUGCCGCUAAAAGGUCAACUUGUAAUUUCAAGUGGAAUCAGAUCUCUAUAGCCUCGCAGAUAUCUCCGCUGUAGCCCACUGGUCACUCAUUGACUUUGCUUCACCAAGACGCUUCUGUGGGAUUAUAGCCUC